AAUUUGAAGGACGUGCUAUAUCUGGAGGCGCUUUUUGCGACGGUUGUACUAGUGAUAAUGACGAACAUGGACAUGGAACUAAUGUUGCUGGAAUUGUAGCCGGUAAAACUUUUGGUGUCGCAAAGAAAUCUACGGUUAUUUCUGUAAAAGUUCUCAAUGCUGGCGGUAGUGGUGGCCUUUCGGGUCUUUUAGAUGGAUUAAUAUCAGAUGCAAUAAAUAAUGCAGUAAAAGCGCUCACAGAUGCAGGUAUUCAUGUAGCUGUAGCAGCAGGAAAUAACGCUGGUGAUGCGUGUGAAUCAUCACCAUCAUCCGAACCAAGUGCAAUAACUGUCGGUGCAGUACAAAUUGACCCGAACGAUAAAGAAAAGGAUAAAAUCGCAUUUUUCUCCAACUUUGGAAAAUGUGUUGAUAUUUUUGCUCCAGGUCUCGCAGUUGUGUCAGCAGGUGUUUUUACUGAUUUUGAUAUUAGUGCAUUUUCGGGAACUUCUCAAGCAACACCCCAUGUUGCUGGUACAAUUGCUCUUAUUAUUGCUAAAAGCGGUAAUCAAA